UAUUUCCGUUAAAAACUGCGCAAGCAAAAACAGCAAUAAUGUUAAUUAAUAUUUACAAAACAUGCAAUUUAUUAAAUUCAUAAACGUCAUAUGUAUUCGUAAUACUUUUCAGUGAAAUUCGGAUAGCGAACGCUGGCGCUAUAUGUUCAACAGUGUUGUGUGAGUGUUAUGUGCAUACAAAUGUAUAUAUGUUUUAUUUUUUGUGUGCUGCUAUGUACGUUUUCGUCUGUCGGUCCGUCCACGGUGUGUCUAUUCUCGCUGUAAAUUAAACGUCGCGCAUCCCGCACCAACGUUCCAGGUGCGAUGAAUCAUACAUUUUUGAACGAGUAAUUGUAAGACAAAAAAAAAAGUUAUUUAAGAAAAGCAAACAGAAAUAGUGCUGGUUGUGGCUGCUGUUUGUUACUGCAACAACAACAAUAAAGAAUCCAAUUAGUGCAAAGCAGGAAGAGCAAAUGCAUUCUCGAAUGCUGUGCGCCAAGGUAAAUGUGCAUAUAGUAUACACGCGUUUGUGACAAAUAUAGCUACAAUUGUAAUGUCCAAGUGCAUUUAUGUGGACUUCGAUUGUCAAUAUUGGAACAAGGCAGCAUUAGCAUACAUGUAAAAGUUGGAAACAACUGCCAACUUUCGAAGCUAAAGCGUUUGGAUAACUGUCCUUGUUUUUGCUGUGGUGCCGCACGCAAAAAUGAAAAUGGUCAAAUUAUUCUUCAGCUCACUAAAGAAAUGCUCAAAAAAUGUCAAUGGCAAUAUAGUUAAGCGCCAGGCAGCGUCUGCAACAUAAUCUAAAAUACGCUAAUUGCAACAAGAAAUAAAUAAAAGUGAAUGUCAGUUGUAGUGCUUGCCACCACUAGUGCAACAAGUGUUUGGAAAGCCGGCCAAGCAGCCUCAAGCAACAUUUAACAAUACACACCCACACCCACCACUGAAAAGCAUAAUGGCCUCUCUACAUGCCGCCAAUUCAUGCAACAGCAACAGCUGCAGUGCCGCUCUGACCAACAAUAAGCCGCUAACACCAACAAAAAACACAGUUAAACUGUUGAAUGGCAAAAGUAGCAGUGAUUGUGGUGUUGUUGCUGCUGCCUCAACUGUGCCAAGCAACAACAACAACAGUAGCAGUAAAAGUUACAACAAUUUGAGCAACAAUGUUGAGCAGCUUUUCAAUUCCGCUUUGAAGGCAUUACAUUUGCCACAAUGUGUUGGUGGCGGCACGGCAGACAGUGGUGUUGGCGGCGGCGGCGGCAAGAAGUCGCCCGGCAAAGUGAAAACAAAUGGUGAAAAUAAGUUGACAUUGGUGGUGCAGAAGUGUGCGAAAAACAUUGACAUUGCCGCUGCAGCGGCGGCGGAUGAUGAUGACAUUGAAUAUGAGCAGCACGAUUUGGCGGCGCAGGAGGCGCAGCCAGACGCUGACAGUGUGCAACUGCGCUGCGCCUGCCCGGCUGUCCAUGCAACUAGCACAGAUGCGAGUAAUGUGAAUAAUAAGAAUAGAACCAUGACAGUUACGACCACUUUUCGCAGCAGCAGCACAUCGGCGCUCAUGACGGCGGGUCAUAUGCGACCACAAACGUUGAAUGUGCAUCAUUUGCGCGAAACGCCAUCGGAUCAAACGCAGAUUUUCAUACGAGAAGUUCUUAACGCUUGGCGUGCCAAAGCGCGUUGCAAUGUCGUGCCGGCGGAGCGCACACAGGAGCUCUUCCAUGAGCUGAGUUUCCAUCCAAGUGAGAAGCAAAUCACCGAAAUGCUACAAACAGCCAAAUUGUUGGCACGCAAAGGCAGCCGCCAAUCGAAUGGGCUCACUUUUGGUGAAUUUUGUGUGCUGGCAGCCGAUCUAAAACGCUUUCGCACAUCGACUUUCUCGCCGUCGAUUUGCGACAAGGUAAAUCUAUUAAGCUCUCUACAGCAGGAAAACAAUGACAAUAGCAGUCGUGUUGUUGAGGCUAAUAACGGCACCGUGUGCCACACGGCAACAACAACAGCAACGGGCACCGAAUUGCGUAGUACAAAAUCCUUAAGUAAUGUCGAAGACUGUAAGCGAAAAUUGUCAAAGGGUGACACAUCGGCACCGGUUGAGGUAUUCCUAGGCGGUUCAUGUAAUCCCACCACCUGGCGGGCCGAUGUCGCCAUACCAGCGUUGAAUGAACUGGGCAUUUCCUUCUAUAAUCCCCAAGUAUCUGAUUGGACGCCUGAUCUCAUCGAGCUGGAACAUCGCGCCAAAGAGAAGGCGCGUGUUUUGUUCUUCGUUAUGGAUUCGGAGACGCGCGCUUCUGCUGGUGCCAUUGAGGCGGCACAUAUAGCGGGUCAAAACUGCAAGCAGCUGGUGUUGGUACUACAUCCAUAUAAACGUAAUCAAUCUAUACUUAAUGAGCAAAUAUCCCAGCAAGAAUACAUUGACCUCCGGCGCAAUCAGUUAAUAUUGAAGGAAUUGGUCACACGUCGUGGCCUACCAGUUAUGGAUGAUAUACCAUCGGGUCUGCAGCGCACCAAAGACAUUUUGGCUGGCAUUAGAGAUCCACCCUCGAAUAUAGCAACGAUUUUAGUUGUCGUGCGUGGCGCCUUCGAUCGCGUUAAUCCCGUGAACGGCGCCAUCACAGUUGUACAAUGUCAACGCGCUCUCUUAUAUUUAGGUUACGCUCAGAGUCUAGUUAAAUUAGACAAUUUAAAUAAGAUAAUCGCCACACAACGUGAAACGUUGGAAGCCCUACAAAAACGCAGUACAAAAUCUGGUGCUCAACCAGAACUUAAUAGCAGCGAGCAUGCCACUAAGAAGAGCUCAUCCGCAACAUCGUGCAGCUCCGACACACCCACACACGCUUCGUUGAACGAAUCGUUGGAUGUCGACUUUGAUUUAUUCUGCGUGAUUUCGGCUUAUCUCUCGGUGCUGCAGCAGGAAAUACAAGAAAGUGGUUGCAUUUCGCCCAUAAAGGGCACAAAUGUGCCACCACCGCCGGUCUAUCUUACCAAUAUGCAAGGUGAUGAAAGCAAUUUUGCUAUCAGCUAUUUUACCAGUAAAAAUAUUUCACGCACCUCCAGUCAAACAAGCGUACCCGGCAGCGAUGAACGUCACAGCAGCACGGAUUUGUUGAGUCGCAGUCGUGAUAGUGGCACCUCCUCACCGCAACCGUUAGAUCAACCGAUGAAAUCACGUUCGGCCGCACAGUUAGGUAAAGCAAAAACAAAAAUUCUUGUCAACAUCGAAUCUAUAGAAACAACCGAAAUCACAACAACUAUCCAAACUGCUCAUACACCAACAACACCACCUAAUACUUCUACCACUACCGCCACAGCUUAUCCAAUAUUGAGCGCACACUCAACAGCCGCAGCCGCAUAUCCGCUGGCGCAAUUGAACGCCAGCGCCGCACAACUGCACUCAACCUAUCCAGAUAGCAGCGUAACAGCGGAGGAGGAGAGCGACUCCAAUGAUUCGGUAUUCUCAUCCAGCAGUUCCAUUAAUUCGGUCAAUUGCAAUUAUGGUGGCAAUAAUGAGUUCUUAACCUUCGCCGGCACCGAUUUCCGUGAUGUCUACCUUGGUGGCAGUUGCUUUUUGCGCACCAAGUGGCGUCAAGACAUCGCUAUGCCGUAUUUGAAGACGAAAGGCGUCACCUUUCAUCCACCCGCGCUGCAUGAGAGUUUGCAAGCAACACAGCUGGACAGCAGCUUGCCGGAUAAAGUGUACGAGGAUGCACGUCAAUUGGGCGCCGCACAGGAGAAGUCGCUAAAGCGUACACGUCGAAAAUAUCGUGGCGCCGCUUUGGAGGAAGAGGAGGAGGAAGAGCUGACCGUGUCGGAGGAGACCUACAGCUGGGCAUUGCCACCGAUGCGUCCGAGUCUGUACAAUCCAGCGUUGCUGGAUGCCAGUCGUGUGCUGUUGUUCGUCAUCACGAAUGAGACGCGCUCGUUGGCGCCCAUGACGCUGGCGGCACAUUGCAUCGGCUUGAUGUACAAUGUGGUGUUGGCCGUGCAAAUGCUGCCCGACGAUUGUGUGAUCAACAAUGAGAAGCUCACGCCGGCCGCUAUUAAGGAUUACAAUCGUGGUCGUUCGUACCUAAUCGAUUUGGCCAAACGUCAGGGUGUGCCUGUUUUUAGCGAUUUGAAGGCAGCUUUGGAAUGCACUGUGGACAAGAUAAAAGCGUGCAACUCGCGUGGCAGUCGUUAUGAUUGAAGUGUUGUAUCAAAAAAACUAAAAAAAUGCACAAAACGCAACAACAACACGCUCACAGUCUCUAAGCGCAGUUUACCACACACACGCCUACGUCAAGUACCUACAAGCAAACAAACAUAAACAAAUUUGGGCAGCAGAUUUUAGCAGAAUUUUUUUCAAACUACAUAUACUAUGCAUAUAAACUAUAGAUAUAUAUAUAUGAACUAUAUAUAUAUAUGUAUUUAUAUGUACUUUAUAUAUUAAUUACUAGCAAUUCCGCGUGAAUACAACUUUUACUUAACUACAUUUGUAAUAGUUUAAUAAUUUUUAAUUGUAUGAUGAUGCUUCAAUACUAUUUCAACAUAGUUACUUAGCUGAUAAAAUGGAAAUUGAACGCGCAUGCGUGCACGUUUUGUACGCUUUAGUUGCCUUAACUGUACGCCAAGCUACUAAUUCUUAUCAUAUAAGUGCUCUAUAUAUAUUUUAACUUAAUUUAAUUUAAUUACACUCUAAUUUACAUAUACACAAACACACAUAUA